AUGCCACCUGGAGAUUCCUCGAAUUUACAAAAUAUGGAAACUGAAGAGAGGAGAGAAGAGGAUGAAGGUUAGCUUUUUCAUCAUUAAAAUUAAAUUAUAAAAAAAAAUAUUUUUAGAAAUUGGUUACAAAUCACAAAUUUCAAUUGAUGAUUGGUUUGUUGAUGAAAUCAUGAAUUUCAACGAAGUUCUAUCGGUGAGCUUGGGAAAAAUAUGCAUUUUUUUCAAAAAUUUUCUCAUCACAGGACACUGAAAAAGUCUACGCAGCUGUGAAAGUCUGGAAAGAUAUCGCUGACAAUCUUCGGCGAAACAAUUAUCCACUUUGCGAGGGAAUAGCGAAUACUUCUAAUUUUGAUGAAUCUUUGAAAAGGGACGCAAGAAAAUUAGAGGAUUUUCUAGACUGGAUGAUAACAAGUCACAAUAUAAAGGAUGAGACGUUUUAUCAGAAGAUACGGAUUCUUUUGGCACAGGGAGACAAUUAUAAUUCGUUUAAAGAGAAAAGUAUGUGGAAAGAUAUGGAAUGGGUUUUAAAAAAUUAAUCGGGCUGGGAAGCUCCUUUUUUGCGAAAUUGAAAAAAAGAUCAUGUGAUUUUAGACCUUGAACAUUCGUCAAAUACGAAAUGGGUUUCCAAAAUGGCUUCGAACCAUUUUUGAAAUGGGUCCGAGGAACACAGCGAAAAAUGGUUCAAAAAUUCAAUAUGAAUCCGCUCCUAAUUUCUGUUUCUUUUGGAUCAAUGCUUUCAAAAAGUGUCCGAUAAAUUUCGAAAUUUUUGUAAAAUGGCUCCACAAAAUCGGUUGAAACUUCAAGAAUUACUAUUUUUGUGAUAUGGGUCCGAAAUUAGUAAUUCUUGAAGUUUCAAUCGAUUUUGCGGACCCAUUUUACAAAAAUUUCGAAAUUUAUCGGACACUUUUUGAAAGCAUGGAUCCAUUUUGUGAAAAACAUAAAUCAGGAGCGGAUUCAUAUUGAAUUUCUGAACCAUUUUCCGCGGUGUUCCCCUGACUUAUUUCAAAAAUGGUUCGAAGCUAUUUUGAAAACCAUUUCGUAUUUGACGAAUGUUCAAGGUCUAAAAUCACAUGUUUUAUUUUCAAUUUCGAAAAAAAUAUAAAGAAAAGCUUCCCUGUCCGAUUGAUUUUGUUUCUGACAAAAAUGAUAGAGGCUCUUUUUUUCAGCUUCUUAUCAUCAUCAUAUCACACAAAAAUUUCAGCAAUAUAAUAAAACCAUAUAAAAAAAAUUUUUAAACAUAUAAUAAUCGAAAAAAUGAUACCAUGCGCAAAAUUGAUGAAAUAUCAAAAGAUUGUGUAAUCUCUUUCAGUGAACAAGUUGGACAUUUCGACAAAAUGUAACAAAAUAUGGGAAAAUGAUGCGGUUGCGUAUCGUUGUAACACUUGCGCGCUAACACCCUGUAUGUCAUUAUGCGAAUCCUGUUUCGAGCAAAACGGACAUGCUGGACAUGAUUUCACGCGAUUUUUGUCGCGAGAAGGAGGCGCGUGUGAUUGUGGAAAUGAAGAUGUCAUCAAACCGGAAGGGUAUUUCUAGAUACUAACUUUUUUUUAAUUCAAAUUUUUUUUCAAUAGGUUUUGCGAUCGACAUGGUGAUAUGAUAAAUAAACCGCCGACGAAUUUCAUCGAUGUUUCGCUUCCUGAAUAUAUUAUGGUCAAACUUUUAGUUAGAUUGUUUUUGGAAUGGAGAGGAUGGGUGAGUUCGGAAGGAUGAGGAACCUGUUGCUGGCCAGAGUAAAAUUUUGAAAAAUUUCUGAAUUUCAGUUUUCAGGGGUCGAAAAUUGACGAAUUCAGAGUUUUUAGAGGUCAAACGUUGAAAAAUUCACAGUUUUCAUACUGGAAAAAAGUUAGCGCACAAUUUUUUUUUUUGAAAAACACGAUUUUGGCCGAGGUGUGACGUCAGAUUUGUUGAAAAUUUUGCCACGUUAUUUUUUGCGAGUUGUUCUGAGACUGUUGAAAGAAACCCACUUUAAAAGUUAGAACAACUCGCAAAAAGUAACGUUAUUACGUGGCAAAAUUUCAAACAAAUCUCGGCCAAAAUUGUAGUUUUCAACAUGAAAAAUAGUACGCUAACUUUUUCCAGUAUGAAAACUGUGAAUUUUUCAGUUUCGGACCUCUAAAAACUCUGAAUUCGUCAAUUUUGGACCUCUAAAAACUGAAAUCAAGAUUUUUUUUCAAAAUUGCACUCUGGCCAGCCACGGAUGUUCCCCCUUGGGAUGUUUUCCAGCUACCAAAAUUUCCCCAAACCACACCUCGGCCAAGCCGUGGCUGGCCAGAGUACAAUUUUGAGAAAAAUCUGAAUUUCAGUUUUUAGAGGUCAAAAACUGACGAAUUCAGAGGUUUCAGAGGUUUUUUUGAAAACCACGAUUUUGGCCCAGGUGUGCCCCAAACAUUCAUUUUCCAGUGGUCCCGAAUGUCAUCCCACAAACGAAGACACGAUGAAAACUAUCCCCAACCAGACGGUGCAAGCACCUUCAAUUUGGGAUUACAUUGUGAGGAAGAAGCGAAAAAUAUACUGAAAUUGAUUGAAUUCCUUCAAGAAUGUGUGAAUUAUGGUGGACCGAUGAGGGAAGCAAUGACACGGAUUUUGCUGGAUAAAGAAAUUUACAAAUCGUUGACUGAAAAACGGGGAGAACAUGUUGGAGGUUGGCAAAUUCUCUCAAUUUCAAUUUCAGCUUCAAAAAAUUUCAGAAACCGACCGGAUUGAAGUGAAUUUGGAUUGGAGAACUCGACAUUUAUUUGAUGACGAUAGAAUUUCGUUGAUGCUUCCCGAGGAUAUCGCAAAAAUAUUCCCAUUAAUCAAUAGUUUCGAUAAAUUGACUUGUGAAACACUACUCGAUGAAUUGAUAUUCUGGAUUAUUCGCCAAAAUUUCCCGCACAGUUUGAUCAAUUUUUCCCUGAGUAUGUUAUCCGAAAUCAGUUAUCGAGAUACAUUUGCCACCCGAUUCUUCACCUGGUAUCCUCUAAUCGGAAAAGUAUUUCAAGAAUUAUGUCUAUUCCAAGCUGAAAAUGGUAGACAUGGAAAUAUUGAUCGAGUUCAAUUAACUGGAAGUCGUGUAAUCCACGUGUCCGUGCAAAUGUUGUCUUCCGGAGUGCUAUGCAAAAAAUUGAAUGAUGAAUGUGAUCUUGUGAAUACAGUUUGUAAUGUUACCAAAUUCCUGUUAUGCGAGAGAAUGAUUCCAACAGAUUUCACAUUUGAUCCAACGUUGAGAUAUUUGAUGCAUGUUGAUGUUCUUCGCGAUUAUUGGAAAUCCAAGUGGAAUGUAUUACAAAUCGAUACAAAUGCUUCAAUUGACCAACAUGGAUAUUGGUUUGUAAUGGGAGAUAUGCAAAAUCUAUUGUCGCAUUCUGAAGUUGUUAUAUCAGCCAUCCUAAAUCCAAUCACAUUUCGACAAACUUACAUUGGAAUGUUGGCGAAGAUGCAAGGAAUGAAUCAGAUAUGGCGGAUUGUUUUAGGAGUUCAUCAAGAAAUGGAUACAACUGAUGUUGUACAAAGAUCGUAUUCAUUAGAAUAUGAGACACUUGCUGUUACAUUGUUCAAUAUGAUUUCAUCGAUUCAACAACAAAAUCAUUCACAAGCUGCGGUUGUGUUUUUCGAUGCUGUUUAUGAUGAAUUAAAGGUAGAGGAGGGUUUUGGAGCUUUGAGAAAUGCAAUAUUUGAAUCUUGCUGAAUUUUAGCUUCGAGACAAAAAUCCAGAAAUAAAGGUGGAUUCCGAGCAAAAAAUAAGUUGUGCUCAUUUUUGAGAAAAACUGCAUGAUUCAAAAUUUACGGGUCUGAAAAUAUCCCAAAAAUUCUAGAAAAAUUGAAGUAAAACUCUAGAGAGCUGAACAUUUCCAGCUGAAAAUUAUAGCAAAAUGUGAAGAAUUUUCAGCUCUUCAAGACCUGAUAUUCUGGUCUUGAAGAGCUGCAAAAUUCUACACAUUUUGGUAUAUUUUUCUUUUUUUUUCAGCUGGAAAUCUUCAGCUCUAGAAUUUUACUACUCUAAAUUUUUCUAGAAUUUUUGGGAUAUUUUCAAACCUAAAAAGCGUGCAAAUUUUGAAUUAUGCAGUUUUCUAAGCUCUGAAAAUCUCAAAUUUCAGAAGAAGGCGCAUAAAAAUUACCAAAUCUUGCAAACGUAGAAAUUUAGAUCUGCAGCGAAAAAUACACCAAAAUGUUCAGAAUGUUGAGCUCUACGAGGUCUCGAGACGAAAAUUCAGAAUUAAAAAUAUCUGGUCUUGUAGAGCUCAAAAUUCUACACAUUUCGGUAUAUUUUUUAGCUGGAAAUCUUCAGCUCUAGAAUUUUUUUUCUCAAAAAAUUUCGAUUCAGAAAAUGUCGAAAAACGAUAUUUUUUCCUAUUUUUUUGGACAUUUUUCCCACAAAAAAAUGUCAAAAAUAGGAAAAAAAACUGUUUUUUGACAUUUGCUAAAUCUUUCACCCAGAUUCACCAGAAAAAGAUUUAAAAAAUGUAUUUGAAUUUCAGGAAUGGUUCAGUGAUUUGGGAAUCGAUGAAAAUGACGAAACCCUCCGAUGUCAACCCUACACAGUCUCCUUCCAUAUCCCACUUCACCGCCUUCUAUCAACCGCUCUCACACAUCUCCACAAUAUUCCCGGCUUCCGUGAUCAUCUCUCCACAAAAUUCCUCAACGACGAAAAAAUCCUGAAAUACCUCAUCUUCCAUCCGCUUCGUAUUCAAGUGGCUCGCGCCGAAAUUCAUUGUGGAAUGUGGGCGAGAAAUGGAGGCGAUGCGAGAAUGUUGUCGUUGAUCUAUUCACAAAAUAAUGUGAAUAACGCAUUUCAAACACCGGAUAUUGAUUUGAUUCGAUAUUGCACAUCGAAAUGCGAUAUUGAAUGGUUGAUUCGAAUUUUUUGCGAGGCGUUUUAUUUGGAUGAGAAAAUUAUUUUUGAAAAAUCGCAAGAGCGACGAGAUGUGUCGAGUUCGAAAUUGAUUGAAUAUGUUAUCGAUUAUCAGAAUUGUGAACUUCCAAUCGAAGCAACUAUCACUGAACAACAGAAAAUCGAAAUCUUGAAGGAAUUGUCUACAGAUAUCCCAAAUAUCACAUUGGCAAGAAGACAAGCAGUUCGAGAUAAUAAUUUAUGGACUGAUGAAGAGGAACAACGAAGAAUGCAGCAAGCAAUUCGAGAAAGAAUUGUCAAUAAUCUACAGCGAUUUGAAGAAGUAAGAUUUUUGGGCUUUUGGGGUCAUAAGAAAACCCUAUAAAUUAUUUUUGGACCAAGUUCUGGGCUCUCAAAACUUAGCAUAACUUAAUUCUCGAUCAUUUUUAUGAGAAACUGAGUAGCAGAAAUGAUUUUUUCCCAAUUUUUAAGCAAAAUUAUUUAUUUUCAUCCAAUAAAGAAAACACUGUUUGAUAAUUAAUAAUUCUGAAAUGCCGAAUAAUUUGAAAUGAUUUUUUUGAAACGUAUUUUAAGUAGGAAAAUUGAAAAUAUUAUAAUAACAAUUCUCAACCGUAGAUAAUCACAAGUUUUCUCAAAAAAGGAAAAAAGAUAUGAAUUUUCAGCCGAAAAAUGAAAAAAUUUUGAAGUUUUUCAUUUUUUGGCUGAAAAUUCAUAUACCUGCUUAUUUUUUUUCCAAAAUCAAAAAUUGUUUUCUGCAAAUUUGAUUUAUUGAUGCUUUUUUGGGUAAAUCGACCACGCGAAUCAGUUUUUUAUAAAAAUCAUCGGAAGUUGAGUUAUGCUAAUGUUUAAGAGCCAAUUUUGGCAAUUUUUGAACUUUUGAAGCCCAGAACUUGGCUUAGAGGUCCAGAAAGUUUUCAAAAAAAACAAUUUCAUCAAGAUUUGAAGUGUUGAGUAAAAAAGGUUCUCUUGUACCUAAAAUCAAUUUUUAUUCCAGAUUCGACAAGAGCCAAUUGAAAUGGUGCCAAUUUUGGAUCGACCCGGAUUCACAGCGGAAGCCAUGGAAAAAUUGGGAGCCACUCAAAAUGGACCACGCUUGCCUGUUAUUUUAAGACCCGAGUGGUUGGAUCCAAUGAUUCAGGGAAUGUUGAAAAUGAUUGCCGAGCUUUUGGUGGUUCGAGUGAAUUGUGGAGCAACUCCCGAAGAACACUAUAAAUCGGAAUUGAUUUAUAGUUUGUGUAGUUAUCGAAUGACACACUCGAAACUUCGAGGAUCUUUGUGUGAGAAGGGAAGUCGAUCGACAGAGGCGAUUGAUCGAGUUUUUGAUGGGAUUUUGAGAGAGGUAAGAUUGUUUGGGUGUUCACGUAUUUAUCGAAAAAAAAAUCGGCCCGAGAAUUUAUCGAAAAAAAUCGGCCCGAGAAUUUAUCGAAAAAAAAAUCAGCCCGAGAAUUUAUCGAAAAAAAUCGGCCCGAGAAUUUAUCGAAAAAAAUCGGCCCGAGAAUUUAUCGAAAAAAAUCGGCCCGAGAAUUUAUCGAAAAAAUCGGCCCGAGAAUUUAUCGAAAAAAAAUCGGCCCGAGAAUUUAUCGAAAAAAAUCGGCCCGAGAAUUUAUCGAAAAAAAAAUCGGCCCGAGAAUUUAUCGAAAAAAAUGGGCCCGAGAAUUUAUCGAAAAAAAUCGGCCCGAGAAUUUAUCGAAAAAAAAUCGGCCCAAAAAUUUUUUUCGAUAAAUUCUCGGGCCGAUUUUUUCAAGUGGUUUCCAGAACUAAACAUUGUACAUCAAAUUUUUUUAUGAGAAAAGUUUGAAAUUUUCAACUUCAAGAGAUAAUUCCGCAGUUUUCUGAACUCUAAAAGUGGAUUUUUUCAAACAUUUUUUCGUAGAUCGCAAAUUUCAUCGAACCCGACGCAAAUCUCGCGCAUGGAAGUAUGCAACAAGGUGUUUAUGAAUUGAAAGAUUCCACGUGGGAUAAUGAUGUUUGCCCGGUUUUUUGUUUGAUGAGAUCGAAUGGACAAAGACAUAUUUCGGAUAUUUUUGAAGUUAUUGCUGAGAAGUCAGUUACUUUUUAUUUAUCAUAAGCCUUAAUCGUAAUCCUAAAUCAAAUAUUUUCAGAGAUCGACAAUUCAUCAAGAACCAUGAUAUUUAUUCGGAUAUUGUGACAGAUCAAUCAUUAUGGAUUCCAUUUAGAUUAAUCGAUUUUUCAAAAAAUCGAAGACAUGAAGGAAUUUCGAAAAUUUUCUCGAUUUUGCACACGGAACAACUUCUUUACACUUGCUGUUUGACACUUUUUAUGCAUUUUGAAAAUGUUAUUUCACUUCAUUAUAAUACAAUACAAUUGGCUCUGUAUAUUUUGACAUUAGCUGUUAAAUAUUCGCAAUUCAAAUUUGAUUCGGAACAAAAUUCGGAUGAGAGGGAACAUUUGAAAAAUGUGUAUCAUACUCCAUUCAAAAUGAAUGUCAGGUUGGUUUUGAAAAAAACUUUUUUUUCAUAAUCCACUAAAAAACCCUAAAUUCAGAUCAAAUGAGAGUUAUACCUGCACAAUUUUCUCAAUUAUUUUGAAUAUUUUCGAAAAAGAAUGUCGGAAGCUUGGAUGUUUUGAGAGAAUUUUGCGAAAAGUGCUCGAUUCCGAAUUUGAUGUUGAAAAGGUUUAUGGUGGAGCUGCGAUCUAUUUUGCUAGGUUUAUGUCGAUUUUUGUGAGAAUGUAUGGAUUUUUUCUUUGGGGAGCUCAAAAAUCUAGAAAUUUCUGAAAAUCGCGUUUUUGGGAGCCCAUUGCUCAUGUCAGAGGAGAUUUUGGCCAAAACUGAGUACAGGGCGAUGUUCAAGGCAAAAAAAUUGACAAAAUUUUCAAAAAAUUUAAUAAAAUCUUCUCUAACAUGAACAAUGGACUCUUAAAAACGCGAUUUUUGCCUUUUCUUCUGAAAGUCGAAAAAUUUCUGCUGAAAUUUGAAGAGCCCAAAAAUGUAGCAUUUUCUGAAAAUCGCGUUGCUCAUGUUAGAGAAGAUUUUGGCCAAAACUGAAUACAUGGCGAAAAAUGAGCCCAUGUUCUGAGAACAAAGUCAGAUAUUCAGUUUUUAAUAAAAUCUUCUCUAUCAUGAGCAAUGGGAGAUUUUUGUGCUCUUCAGAAAGUCGCAAUGCAAAAAAAAAACAAUUUUUCAGAAGUUCAACUGCAAGGGAUAUUUUGAAGGCAAAACUGGAGGAUGAAAUAAAGGAAAAUGAGAAAUUGAAGGAUUUCAAAGAUGAAUCGGAAAAACAAAAAUCGGCAAAGAAAUCGGCAAAAGAAUUGGCGAAACAAAGAAUGGCUCGAAUAAUGGAACAAGCAAAAAAGAAAAAUCAGGAAACAAUGAAGAAAAUGAUGGAAAAAGAGGGAAUGUCAAAGGAACAAGUUGAUGAAAUGAACACGAAACAAUCAACGAAGUUGUAUGAUUGUCCGAUUUGUGGAGAUGUUCAAAUUCCGAACACUUUCCACGCUCCGCUGGGAAUGCUGGUGAAAGUCUCGUCGAAUUUUAUCGCAGAAGAAAGAGUUGCCGAAAAUUUGCCGCCGACUUUGAGUAUUUGCGAAACUGAUCAGAAUUUUGAAUCUGAACACGUGGAAGCUCAAUUCAAAACUAAGAAGAUGUAUACUUUUGCAAGGAAGGGGCUGGGAAACGUUGUAAGAUCUUGACUUCAGAGAAAAUUUUUUGGAUCAAAAUUUUUGAAAUUCUAGGUGCCUGAGGAAAUCGACAUGCUAAAUCCGUCAACUGGAGUUGAUUUGAAGACUUGUGGACAUACAGCUCAUACAACAUGUUUUAAAACAUAUCGGCAAUCUGUGGUGAGUCAUUUUUAGAGGGACGGGACUAGACUGUUUUUUAAAAAAUUUGAUACGACCAUAAUUAGAGACAAUGGAAAAUUGAGAGAGUCUAGACAAUUUUUCUUGUAUUUUUCGUUCGAAAACUAUUUUUGUCUGCACUCUCUCAAUUUUCCGUUGUAUCUCUCUACUCAAAAAUAACAAUCUGUAUAUUUUUUCUUUCGAGGUUUUUCUGCAUAGCAGGCCUGAGCCAGAAAAAUUCCCGAAUUUUCCGGAUUUUCCGGUUUUUUCAAGGAAAAAUCAGUCUUCCGGUUUUCCGGAACUUUUUUUUAGUCAUAUUUAGUCUUCCGGAACUUUUUUUAGUCAUAUUUUCAAAAUUGCCUAAAUUUUGGGAACUUUUCUCAAGUUAUUAUCGAAAAAAUGAAACUUUUGGAAUUUUUUUUUUCAAAUUUUCAAAUGUUACGAUUUUUGAACGUAAAACUUUCAAAUUGUCACUAAAUUACCUGUGAAUAGAAAAAUUGUAGAUAAAAAUAAGUUUUAGUGCCAACUUAAGGCUCGAAAUUUCAGACCGUGAAAAAUUUUCCGGAUUUUCCGGUUCAAAAAAUCCGGAAAUUUUCCGAUAUAGUUUCUGUAACUUCAAAAUCAGCCAGAUUUUUGAAGAGAAAAACAUUCAUUUUACUGAAAUUUUCAAUUUUGAUUUUUUAAUUUAAAAUUUUGGAAUUUUAAUUUAAAAUCUAUGAAAAUUAAAAAAAAACUGUACGAAAAUUUUUAAAAUGUAAAUUUUCAGUAUGAUUCUUCACACGGUCGAGUUUUCACUGAAACCAGCGAAGUCGGAUGUCCUUUAUGUCGAUUCACAGUCAACGCAAUUGUCCCACUAAACGUUGAAUAUGGUUUUGAAAUUGAAAAUCGAACACCGUUUUUGAAAGAGGAACAAGUCAUCAAAUCAGUUAUUGAGAGUUUUAAAGCCAGUAAAAUUGUGAGAUUUUAUUUGAUAAACAAAAUUUAAUUUUUAAAAAAAAUUUCAGACCGAAGAUUCAAAUUUGAAUGGCCUUCUGAUGGAUGUUGUGAAGUGUCGAAAAAGAACAAGUGAUUCGAGCGAGAAGAAAAUGUAUUAUGAAUCGGAAACACCAUCAACAUCAAUGGUUGCGAUGGCUGUGUAAGUUGAAAUUUUUUUUUUGAAAAUCAUCUUUUAAAAUAUUAAAAUAUUUCAGAGCAAACGUCGAGAGAAGUUGUAUUUUACGAGAAAUGAAAUAUGAAGAAAGGCGGAAAAAUACAUCAACUCUGAUCACUGAACAUCUUCUAUCUGCCUCGGUUUUCCUAUCAGAAACCAGAGAUUCCGAUACGGUUUUGGGAGUUUUGUACAAUUUGCUCGGACAGAAUUAUGAGAAAUAUCAGAUUGUGAAGGAAGUGGUUCCGGAACAAUUGAAUGUUGAAGGAUUGGAUUUGGAUGAUAUUGCUGUUGUGAGUUUUUUGGGAAUACAUAUUUUCUAGUGGUUUUCGACACGAUUCCGCCAUCUAAAAUUGCAGAACUCAUUUCCUAACAUGAGUUAUGACGUGUCAAAAAUCAAAAUUUACAAAAAAUCUGGAAUUCUGACCUUCCAAAGUCCCAAUUUUUGAAUUUUGACACGUCAUAACUCAUGUUAGGAGUUGAAUUCUUCAAGUGUCGAAAACUACCAGAAAACAUAAAUUUUAUUAAAAAUCUUGAGUGAAACAGUUCCCUUUUUAGUGUCAGAAUCUCAAUUUUCCAAAAAAAAAUGGGAAGUUACACAAAAUUUGAUUUUUCACCGCUUCUGAACAGUAAAAUUUCAAAAAUUCUGAAUUUUUCUCAAAAAUUUUGAAAAUUGAAGGUUAAAAACUUUUAGUGUCUCAACUUUCUAAGAAUUUUUGAGAUCUUAAAAUGCGAAGAAAUUUCACAAAAGUCGACUUUUGAGCGAAAUAUUCAGAAUUUUUACCUUUUUAAUAAAAUUUUUUUAAAUAAAAUAAUUUUCAAAAAAAUAAAAUAAAAUUUUGAAAAUUGAACGUUAAAAAACUUUUUACCGUCUCAACUUUCAACUUUUCAAGAAUUUUUGAGAUCUUAAAAUACGAAAAAACUUUCAGAAAAGUCGAUUUUUGAGCAAAAAAUCAAAAUUCAGAAUUUUUACCUUUUUAAUAAAAUAAUAAUUUAAAAAAAUUCAAUUAAAUUUUGACAAGUGAACGUUAAUAAACUUUUUAGUGUCUUAACUUUCAACUUUUCAAGAAUUUUUGAGAUCCUAAAAUUUCAAAAGUCGAUUUUUGAGCAAAAAAUCCAGAAUUUUUCUGAAAAAAUUGGACUUGGCUCAAAAUUCCCAAAAUUCCACCAACAAAAAAACUCUUCGAAAAAUCUAUUUCAGCUCACAAAACGACAGCGAAAAUCACCAGAAUCUGAAUUAUCUGCGGAAAAAUCAAUACAUGUUAGUGUUUUUCCUAUUUUCUCCCAUUCCUUCAAAAAAUCAAUAAUUCAGAAUCCUGUUCCAUUACUCAUGUAUGAUCCAAAUCCAAUGUUUGCGCGAUGUAUCGCAAUUUUAUUUGAGAGCAAAAUUUAUUCCGAAAGUGAUAAGAAAUGUGAGUUUUCUACAUAUUUUUUACAUAAUUUUCAAAACAAAAAAAUGGUUUCAGGGAUUUCUCGCGCACUUUUCUCUUCAUUUAUCGAUUGGGUUACUGUACGUGGUCUUGUUCGAUUAAUUCUUCGAUUAUCCAAUGAAAAUCUUGUGGAAAUUCGCGAGAAAACACGGAAAAUUAGUGGAUUGUCCGAAGAAUUGCAGGAAAUAUGUCAGACAAUUUUAGAAACUUUGAAUAGUAAUGAGGCAUAUUUCGAACAUUUGCUCAAAUUGAAGUUGAGCGAAGAUGGCGAGGAAAAAACAAUCAAUGAUUUGGAAUUUGUUGAAAAUAUUUCGAAGUUUGUUGAUGGUUUCAAAGCGUUUGGAGAAGAACUUUUGAAUCAUAUUGGAUGGAAACAAAAUGACGAGGAUUGUGAGUUUUUUCAUUUUUUUUAAAUAUAAUUUCAAAAAAAAAAACAAAAAAAUAUAUAAAAAAUAUAAUUUUCAAGAUACAUUCGAUAAAAAUCCAACAAAAAUCGUGAAAUGGAUCAAGGAUUAUCAAAAUGCUAUAUUUUGGUCGUUCAAAAUGCCACAACAGGUUAGUUAG